GUAAGGAGGUCUUGGCACGCCUUCGCUACCCCCUUCCGGAAGGGGCGGACUAUAUGUCAAAAGCAGCCAAUGGGUGGCCCAGGAGACGCGUCUCCGUGAGAGCGGCGCGCGAAGUCUCCCGGGGAGACUGAGACUGGAGGAGUGCUGCUUCCAUGGAACCAACUGAGGGCGCGAGAAUGUGCUAAGGCCAUCAAGCCUAUUGAUGGGAAGUCAGUCCAUCAGAUUUGCUCUGGGCAGGUGGUACUCAGUUUAAGCACUGCUGUGAAGGAGUUGAUAGAAAAUAGUGUAGAUGCCGGUGCUACUAGUAUUGAUCUAAGGCUUAAAGACUAUGGAGUGGACCUCAUUGAAGUUUCAGACAAUGGAUGUGGGGUAGAAGAAGAAAACUUUGAAGGUCUAGCUCUGAAACAUCACACCUCUAAGAUUCGAGAGUUUGCCGACCUCACGCAGGUUGAAACUUUCGGCUUUCGGGGGGAAGCUCUGAGCUCUCUGUGUGCACUGAGUGAUGUCACUAUAUCUACCUGCCAUGUGUCUGCAAGCAUUGGGACUCGACUGGUGUUGGACCAUAAUGGGAAAAUCAUCCAGAAAACUCCCUGCCCACGGCCUAAAGGAACCACAGUCAGCGUGCAGAACUUAUUUUACACCCUACCCGUACGUCACAAAGAGUUUCAAAGGAACAUUAAAAAGGAGUAUGCCAAAAUGGUCCAGGUCUUACAGGCGUACUGCAUCAUUUCAGCCGGCAUCCGUGUGAGCUGCACUAAUCAGCUCGGACAGGGGAAACGGCAGCCUGUGGUGUGCACGAGCGGAAGCUCCGGCAUGAAGGAAAAUAUCGGGUCUGUGUUCGGCCAGAAGCAGCUGCAGAGCCUCGUUCCUUUUGUGCAGCUGCCCCCUAGUGACUCCGUCUGUGAAGAGUACUGCCUGAGCGCUUGUGGGACCCCGCAGAGUCCUUUCCGCAUUUCAGGCUUCAUUUCACAGUGCACGCAUGGUGCCGGGAGGAGUUCAACAGACAGACAGUUUUUCUUCAUCAAUCAGCGGCCUUGUGACCCAGCGAAGGUCUCUAGACUGGUGAAUGAGGUCUACCACAUGUAUAAUCGGCACCAGUAUCCAUUUGUCGUUCUUAACGUGUCCGUGGACUCGGAAUGUGUGGAUAUUAACGUGACCCCAGAUAAAAGGCAGAUUUUACUACAGGAAGAGAAGCUUUUGCUGGCAGUUUUAAAGACGUCCUUGAUGGGAAUGUUCGACAGUGAUGCAAACAAGCUUAGUGUCAACCAGCAGCCGCUGCUGAAUGUCGAAGGUAACUUAGUAAAGCUACAUACCGCAGAAGUAGGAGAGCAAGAGAACUCUCCUUCAUUGAGGAUCACAGCGGAAGAGAAAAGGGUAGCAUCUGUGUCUAGGCUGAGAGAGGCCUAUUCUCUUCAUCGUACCACAGAGACCAAGUCUUGGGGCCCAGAGACUCCUGAACUGAAACAGAGUUUUCCAAGUCAGAAAAGGGGUGUAUCAUCAUCUUGUCCUUCAGACAUCAUCUCUUAUAGAGGCCUGUGUGGCUCACAGGACAAAUUGGUGAGUCCCACGGAUAGCCCUGGUGACUGUAUGGACAGAGAAAAAGGAGAAAAGGACUCAGGGCUUAGCAGCACCUCAGCUGGCUCUGAGGAAGGGUUCAGCACCCCAGAAGUGGCCAGUAGCUUUAGCAGUGACUGCAACGUGAGCUCCCCAGAGGACAGACCUUCUCAGGAAAACACAAACUGUGGCGAGCAGUUCCUUGAAGUGGAUGACCACCUUUCAGGUACAGGACACCAUUUGAAGCCAGAAGACAAUGGAUAUAAAUGUCGAGCUUCACUUCCACCAACUCGGCUCUCUCCCUCAAAUGCUAAGCGUUUCAGGACAGAGGACAGGCCUUCAAAUGUUGGCGUUCCUCAGAACACCUCAGCAGCUGAGGUUGACGUAGCUGUAAAAAUUAAUAAGAAAAUAGUGCUCCUUGACUUCUCUCUGAGCUCUUUAGCUAAACAAAUGAAGCAGUUACAGCACCUGAAGCAGCAGAGCAAAAGCGAACACAAUUACAGGAAAUUUAGGGCCAAGAUUUGCCCUGGAGAAAAUCAAGCAGCAGAAGAUGAACUCAGAAGAGAGAUUAGGAAGUCGAUGUUCGCAGAGAUGGAGAUCUUGGGUCAGUUUAACCUGGGAUUCAUCGUAACCAAACUGAAGGAGGACCUCUUCCUGGUGGACCAGCACGCCGCCGACGAGAAGUACAACUUUGAGAUGCUGCAGCAGCACACGGUGCUCCAGGCUCAGAGGCUCAUCACUCCCCAGACUCUGAACUUAACUGCUGUCAAUGAAGCUGUGCUGAUAGAAAAUCUGGAAAUAUUCAGAAAGAAUGGCUUUGACUUUAUCAUUGAUGAAGAUGCUCCAGUCACUGAAAGGGCUAAACUGAUUUCCUUACCCACUAGUAAAAACUGGACCUUUGGACCCCAAGAUAUCGAUGAACUGAUCUUUAUGCUCAGUGACAGCCCUGGGGUCAUGUGCCGGCCCUCGAGAGUCAGACAGAUGUUUGCUUCCCGAGCGUGUCGGAAGUCUGUGAUGAUUGGAACCGCUCUCAGUGCAAGUGAGAUGAAGAAGCUCAUCUCCCACAUGGGUGAGAUGGACCACCCCUGGAACUGCCCCCACGGAAGGCCGACCAUGAGGCACAUUGCAAAUCUGGAUGUCAUCUCCCAGAACUGACUGACCGCUUGUGGGAUAGAGCUCAUUACAGAUUGUUCUGUUUGGAGAGAUGGUUUUACGUAAUCUGAUUAUCGUUGUUCAAAAACUAGCAUGCUACUUUAAUGUACUGGAUCCAUUUAAAAACUGUGUAGCCAGGCAUAAUGGCCUGUGCUUCUGGCCUAGCUACUUGGGAGAGCCACCCCAGGAGUUUGAGACUAUCCUGAGCUACAUUGGUGAGACUCUAAUUCAAGGACAAAAAUAUAUAUAUAUUUUGAAACCUUU